UUUUUUUUUUUUUUUUUUUUUUCUCUGUCUAAAAGGCAACCAAAAAAAACAACCAACCAUGUGGGGACGCUUAUUUCAUGCGGCAGCCGAUGCAGUACUUAUUUCGACAGCUUUAGCAGCGGUGCGAAGAGAAUCUGGUAUACAACCAAAAUUACAGGACAUUGAAAGUGAAGAAGUGCGUAAAUAUGUUGGCAAAUAUCUGGAUGCUGGAGAAUAUGUAUUGGAUAAAAGUAUUGAAAUACUAGAAAAAAGUCCUUAUUUCGAAAAGUCGACUACGCCAAAGGAAAAAAGAUGAAUGAUGAAAGGGGACCAUGACAUCCUUUAGAAUGCAUAACAUAGAUAAAAAAAAAAAAACAACCAUAAACAUCGUUCUCGUAGUAGUAGUAGUAGUAGUAAUAGUAUUUGGCUGUUAUUGUUGUUGUUGUUGUUGUUGUUGUUGUUCUAGUGGCAACUUGGCAACGAGAGUCAAUGGAGGGGGU